CGACCAAUCGCUUCGCGUCCCAGCGCCGCCGCCAUUCUAUCGAGUACGCUCGUGGCACGCCCUACAACUUCCUCCAUUGUCCUUCUUUCCGAGAGUCUCUACGCGAGGAAGGAUGGCUCAAAACAACUAUUUCGGCUUUACCCACGGCGGGACGCAAUAUGGGGCGACCAGCGCCGCCGCGUACCAAACCGGCCAGGCAGGAUACGCUGUGACUCCAGCGGCGACCGCUGCCACGUACACCCAGCGACCUGCGGCCGCCGCCGCCACCGGCUACGAGACCUACCAGGCAGCCGCCGCCGCAGCCGCGACCGGGACGACUUAUGCAGCUGCUAAUCCCGGUACAGUAGCUCAGACUUACGAUUACGGGUACGGACGAGCUGCACCAGCAGCUACGUACGACGCAACUAAAACAUAUUACCAGCAACCAGCAGCUGCUGCAGCAACUUACACCACUACUGAAACACAUUACCAAGCGGCGAAGCCUGCUUAUAGUACGACCAGUGCCUAUACUGGCACUGCUAGACAAGCCACUACCACUGGACAAGCUAAGACCUAUCAAGCGUCUAGCACGGCUUAUCAGCAAUCAAAUCCUACGCAAAGCGCUACUUAUUCAUCAGGGUACACUGCACCAGCUACGCCCGCCGCUACUCCGUCAACCGCGACAAAUAAAACGGCGAGUACAACGUAUUCCGGCUACGACGCAGCGCUAUAUAGCGCUGCGACUAUGUUUGUAGCCCAACAGCAAAAUGCAAACAGCAAUUCCACUAACCAGAAGACUGGAGGUUGGCAGGGCUACGGACGGAAAGGAUUCGGAGCUGGCGGCGGAGGGAUGAAGGCAAUGCGGCCCAAGCAGCCUCCUAAACCUCAGCAACUACACUAUUGCGAUGUUUGUAAGAUCAGCUGCGCCGGACCACAGACCUAUCGUGAGCAUCUGGAGGGUCAGAAACACAAGAAGAAGGAGGCUUCCCUGAAGGUACCGCAACAGCCUCCGGCGCGUGGAGCAGGCAACAGUCUUCGCUGUGAACUUUGCGACGUAACUUGUACUGGAAACGAUGCCUAUGCCGCUCACAUUAGAGGUGCUAAGCAUCAAAAAGUAGUCAAGUUACACACUAAGCUUGGAAAACCUAUACCAAGCGCGGAUCCCACUGUUCUGAAUCCGAAACCUGCGGCUGCUGCAAAAGCUGCAGCUACCAAGAAACCGGUGACAGCAACGCCUAAAAUCAAUUUUGUCGCCUCUGGAAACUUGGGUACCGUGAAUCAAAAUCAAACCGCGGAAGUUAAGCAGGAAGAACCAGCUGCCGAAGAAGCUGUGGAAGAGGCUGCGGUCGAUGAGAAGGAUAUUCAGCCAGUUGGUCAAGAAUAUAUCGAAGAAAAUAAAUCCGAGGAUGGAAAGAUCAUAAGUUUCAAUUGUAAACUGUGCGAGUGUCGGUUCAACGAUCCCAAUGCCAAAGACAUGCAUAUGAAGGGUCGUCGUCACAGAUUUGCCUAUAAGAAGAAGGUCAAUCCAGAUUUGGUCGUUGACAUGAAACCAAGCCUUAAGCAGCGCAAGAUGCUGGAAGAGAAACUACGUAGACAACAAAUGCGCGAUGAAUAUAUACGUCGCAGGGAGGAAAUUAAUCAAUUGGGACCUAUAGGACCGAUGAUGGACGAGGAGAUAAUGUAUUGGGAAGAACGACGCCGCUACGAGGAGGAAUGUGAAUAUUAUGAAUGGUAUCGACGUUACGGACGUGGGCCAGGCGCCCCACCGAUGCCACGUCCGUUCCAAGGUCCACCGCCCAUGAUGAUGUUCCCAGGUCCCCAAAGACGACCAGAUUCGUCAGAUGACAAACAUGUACUGGCACACCAUACAACUAUUUAUCCUAAAGAACAAGAACUAUUGGCAGUUCAGAAAAUAGUUUCUCACACUGAGAAAGCAUUGAAAUUUGUAUCGGAUGCUUUAGCUGAAGCUGGUAAAAAAAAUGCUCCUGCUAAUGCCAAUGCUACUUCAGCAACGGCACCAGCUGGUAUCCCGCAGGCGAACGCCGACGCAAUUAAAAAAGAUGAAGCUGACAAGAAGAAGGCAAUCACACCACAGAAGGAAGACGGAAGUGAUGGGAAUCUAUUUUCGUUUCAGAAGGAAAAAGAAGAUUCUAGAAUUCUUCGUGGCGUUAUGCGUGUUGGAAACUUGGCCAAAGGGCUGUUGCUAUCUGGAGAUAAUCACGUUUGUCUUGUUGUUUUGUGCGCAGAAAAACCUACCAGGACGUUGCUCAAUAAAGUUGCGGAGAUUUUGCCCGGUGAAUUAAAGAAUGUAGCUCCUGAAGAAACAUACAAUGUAGGAAAACAUCCGGAAUCCGCAGCUUUGACAGUCUCAGGGGGUACGGUCACUGUCAGCGUGACGCUCACCAGUCCCCUGAUGCGUGAAACACCCAAGUCAACAGCUGCAGCAGAUAAUGCUGGACAGCAGCAGCAGGAAGCUGCUCAACUGCAAACAGCGCCCGCGGCCCCCACCGUGACGAAACCAGACCCACCAGACGUCCUUCCCAAGGCUAAGUGUUUGGAGGCUUUAGCUGCACUCAGGCAUGCCAAGUGGUUUCAGGCUAGAGCUACGUCACUGCAGAGCUGCGUUAUGGUUAUCCGUAUAAUGCGUGACUUGUGCAAUCGUGUGCCAACAUGGGGUCCAUUAAAUGCUUGGGCAUUGGAACUAUUGACUGAGAAAGUUAUUAGCACUGCAGGAGGUCCUCUUAGUCCCGGUGAAGCCUUGAGGAGACUUUUGGAAUGCGUAGCUGGAGGAAUAUUACUACCGGGUAGUCCAGGAUUAUCCGAUCCAUGCGAGAAAGAGGCAGUUGAUGCUAUAGGAAACAUGACAUCUCAACAAAGAGAAGAUAUUACCGCGUCCGCGCAGCACGCGCUACGAUUAGUGGCGUUCCGCCAGAUUCACAAGGUCCUAGGUAUGGAGCAAUUGCCGCCGCCAAAAUUCAAGGGACGUUUCGCCCGAAAGCGAAGACGUGACAACAGCAACGGAGAGGGCACGGAUAGCGAGGCUUCGAAGAAGGAUAAAAAAGCGGAGGAGAUCAAAAUGGAAACAGAUUCGAAGUAGAAUAUAUACCACACACGAAAGAUUCGUACUAAUGACACGAAUUAUCUAUUAACUUAUCUAGCAUAAGGAAGCAGUUUUUUUCCCCGCUGUGUCAGUUGCUUGUUUAGGAGAGACAGAUUUUCGGAUAAGGACAAUUCGAGAAUAGGCUGCUUGUCAAUGAUUUUUAGAAUAACAUAAUAUCGUCAUGAUCUUAGAAACAAUAAAAUUGAGAAGAGGUGCGUUUGUCGAGUUACAAUAGCGGGCAUUCUUUGUCCCUACGUCACUAUUGUGGAUUGUUUACUUCGUGGCAAUGAUGACCGUUUUUUUUUCUUAACGUAUGAUGUAUCUCAUCAUGUAAUAAGCGUGUCACAAAACGAAGAUAGCGUUAUAUUUAGGUAAAACUUAGGUUGAGACUUGACUAAUUUUCUCAAACAAAUGUGAUCCAAUUAGUUUCUGAUGUUAGAUUUGUAACGACAAAACGCUUGAAUCUGGAUUACCACCCAGAUUUUAAUCUCGAUUAUGGCGAUUACGAGCAGGAAGAAUCUAAACGAACGUGUAGUAGAAUACGACGACGAACAUUUAUAAGUUUGAAGUAAGGGUAGGCAAUAGAUUGUAUUGAGAUUUUGUGUGUAUGUUGUGUGUGUAGACGUACGUGUAGAAAAAUAACUAUAUCCUUUUUCUCUUUCACUUCUGCACAAAGUGACAACCAUUUAUGAUGUAUGCUAUUGUCACGUACGUGACUCACGCAAGAAAAUGGCGACAAGGUAUUUAUAACUCGACGAUUUGGACGCUUGAUUACCCGGCGGAGCAAGUGCACGUGUUAAUGGUUCUUUUUUUUAACACAACACUAAAUCAGUUUUAUUUGCAGAAAAUCUUGAGUGAACCAGUCUUGUUGAAACUUCAACUUUUCAACUUUCAUUGUCUCCCAAUUUAAAUGCAUUUCUCUGACUUGUGUAGAAUUUUCAGUUCUAUAUUUUUGAAUGAUCAUUGAAUAAAACAUGUGUACGACAUAA